UAGAAAAUUCUACUGGCGGCCCGGUUACAUGUAGAUCACGAGGUCACUAAGUUCUGUUUUCAUUUUACCGUCUUCGAAGCAAAUAUCCCUGAAAUAAUUUCAUAAUUUGUCCUCAUAAGUCAUGUCUAAAGACAGAAUCAACGUCUUUCCUUCACGAAUGGCAUUAACCACCAUGAAGGCUCGUCUCAAAGGUGCACAGAAAGGACACAGUUUACUCAAGAAGAAAGCAGAUGCUUUGACUCUACGCUUUAGGAAAAUAUUAAAGAACAUUAUCGAUACAAAACAUUUAAUGGGAGAAAUUAUGAAAGAAGCCACUUUCUCUCUUGCGGAGGCAACAUUUGCUGCUGGAGACUUCAGUACAACUGUGCUUGAGAAUGUAGACAAGGCUCAGACAAAGAUCAAGAUGCGAAAGGAUAACGUUGCUGGUGUUCUACUACCCAUAUUUGAGCCUGUAUCUGAUGGAACAAAUAGUUAUGAGCUGACUGGUCUAUCUCGUGGAGGACAGCAGCUCAGCAAAUGUCAGGAAGUGUAUGGUAAAGCCGUCAAAUUACUGGUGGAGUUGGCAUCAUUACAGACCUCAUUUGUGACAUUAGAUGAAGCAAUAAAGCUCACUAACCGCAGAGUGAAUGCUAUUGAACAUGUUAUCAUUCCAAGAAUAGAGAACACUGUUAGUUAUAUUCUUGGCGAGCUUGACGAGAGAGAAAGAGAAGAAUUUUACAGGUUGAAGAAAAUUCAGGAGAAAAAGAAAAUUAUCAGAGCAAAAGCUGAGAAAGUGAAGGCUGCGAAGGCUUUGUUGGAGGAUCAGGAGCAUGGAGUACCAAAUCUUCUAGAGGAUGACGAGGAUGAAGAUUUGCUGUUUUAAUAAAUCUAUAGAAUUCAGAAUUAAGCUAGAUUUCAAACAUGAAUUUCUUCUUGUUCAUGUUAUUACAAUUUAUUCAAAUUUAAAGUCAGUUAUAAUAUGGGGGUUUAGUGUCUUGUCUUUGUAAGAUGUUAUAUAGAAUUUGGCCAGUGUUGUGCUUAAUUUCUAAUCUAAAUCAACUGUGGUUUUGCCAGAUAUACAUUAUUUCCAGUUAAGACAAACAUUAAAAUACACAAGUACACUAUAUGUAUUUCUAACAGUGAUUAAAAUUGUACGUUCUGUAGAAAAUGAAAAAUGUCAGUUCUGAAUUUUGUUAGUGUUCUGAAUCAUGCUACAUGAGCUACAUGACUAAUUUUUUAAUUGGAAAAUGUUUACUCCGUUUGCUUUCCAUCACCGAGGGAUAUGCAGUCACUUUAGCCUAAAUUACAAACAUUUACAACAAUGUACUGUCUAUUUGUGAUUGUGGAUAAAAUGACUGCGUAUUUCUCGGUAAUGUAAAGCAAAAGGUGUAUUCAAUUCUACAAAUUGAUUUUCCUUUUAUAUUAAUCGUGAUGAGGUAGUAUUUUUUUAAUUUUGUGUGAUGGCUUCAACACUGGUCUUUUCUCUGUAGGGUGUUUUCUGUGGAUUUCAUAUUCAUCAGUUAGUCAUCCUAAUGCAAUAAAACCAGAAUACCCAAUCAAUAUACACACUUAGGCAUGUUCUCAGGACUUGCUGAUGGUUGUGCGCAGUCAUAGCCUAUCACAUGUAAUAUUAUAUAGUAAAAAAACGAACGAGUUGGCGCAGCAAACGAGUGAGUUUCUAUACAAAACAAGUAAAUAAAAACUGUACUAAACACUU